AUGGCCAGCCUGUCUUGGCAGUUCCAGGCAGACAGGAACAGCAGGACAUGGCUUGCGGCUGGCAGCCUGCACUCAGUUUGCCUUCUCCCCGGCAUAAAGAUGGCUUUACCUCGGUCGAGGGCCCUGCCUGGGCCACUCUUAUUUCUCCUGCUGUUCUUGUGGACCCCAGGCCUGGGGACUUCCCAGAAAGAGCCCUGUCAGACCUGCCGGGAUCUUACCAGCAACUUCAAUAAGGGUCUGGAGCGGACACAGCGCGAGAACUUCGGGGGCGGGAACACGGCCUGGGAAGAAGAGAAGCUUGCAAAAUAUGCAAACAGUGAGACCCGCCUGCUGGAGGUGCUGGAGGGUGUGUGCCCCACGUCAGACUUCGCCUGUCACCAGCUGCUAGAGAAGAGCGAGGAGCAUGUCGAGCGCUGGUGGUUCCAUGAGCAGCAGCAGCACCCUGACUUUUUCCAGUGGCUCUGUAUGGACGCGCUGAAACUCUGCUGUCCCCCUGGCACCUAUGGGCCCGAUUGCCACACCUGCCCCGGGGGUGCCCAGAAGCCCUGCAGUGGGUACGGGCAAUGUGACGGUGAUGGCACACGCGGGGGCACGGGCCUGUGCAUGUGCCAGCUGGGCUACGGGGGCCCCUUCUGUUCUGAGUGUGGCGAUGGCUACUACGAAGCGGCUCGCAACGACAGCCACCUGGUAUGUGCGGAGUGCUACCGGGCCUGUGGGCGCUGCUCUGGCCCUGAAGACUCGAGUUGUCUCCGCUGCAAGAGAGGUUGGAUGCUGCAUGACCGCAGGUGUAUUGACAUAGAUGAAUGCGGCACGGACAUGGCGCACUGUCGUGCCAACCAGUUUUGCAUCAACACAGAAGGUUCCUACGAAUGCCGAGACUGUGCCAAGGCGUGCAUCGGCUGCAUGGGUGCCGGGCCUUCCCGCUGCAAGAAGUGCAACAAGGGCUAUCAGCGCGAUGGAGUCAAGUGCCUGGAUGUGGAUGAGUGUGCCGGCAAAACCGAGGAACCCGUCUGCACCGGUGCCAACGAGGCCUGUGAGAACACAGAGGGCAGCUAUCGGUGCAUCUGCGCAGAGGGGCACGUGCGCAAAGAGGGAGUCUGCGUGGAAGACAAGCCCCCAGAUGCUCCCGAGAAGGGCUUCUUCGAUGACAUCACAGAUGACGAGGUGGUCGUGCUGCAGCAGAUGUUCUUCGGCGCCAUAGUCUGUGCCCUCGCCACGCUAGCUGCCAAAGGAGACAUGGUCUUCACCGCCAUCUUCAUCGGCGCCGUGGCUGCUAUGGCCGGCUACUGGCUGUCGGAGCGCAGCGACCGCGUGCUUGACGGCUUCAUCAAAGGCAGAUAGUGUGUGGCAAAAAUUGAACGUUCUUCUUCUUUUGCUUCCUUCCUCAGAGAGCCAGCUGGUGGGCAGGGACUCCGGACCUGCCCGUGCCCCGGCAGGUCCAGAGGAAAGAGGUGGAAAGGCCCUUCUUGUAUCCCAGUCUGGGCUGAGAGGAAGCCACGUGCUUGCAUGGUGUGGAAAGGGAGAAAAUGGGGCAAGGGCCUACCAGUUGUACACGAAGAGAGGAGAAUUCCUGACAGGAAUUAGCAUGGAUUAAGCAUCCCCUAAAGGUGUGACAGGCC